AUGUCUACUUCUUCUAGUCUAUUGACCAAUGGUAAUAUUACCGUUAAUCGUUUGGUGAUGACCAAACUCAAUGCGAGUUCUAUUGCUUCUUCUCAUGAAUGUAUACAUUCAUUAUCGACUGCUGCGAGUACCUCUUCUUCUCCUUUAUCCCAUCAUCAUUCACAGUCCCAGCUCAAUAGUUCUUCAGACAAUCAUACUACCAUCGUGUCUGAGAACAACAUCACAACGCAUCACUCUCAAAAAUCAUCUCGUAAAGUUGAUGUUCAACAACAUGCAUCAACAAACUUGUCCUCCUCUCCUUCUUCACUUUUAUUUAUAUCCACUUGUCAUCACGAUUUAACACUCUCUUCUCAAGCCAUUCAACAUUACAAUUCCGCUCAACAACAGCAAAAAAAGAAAAAACACUCUCCUUCACAGCAGCAGUAUCACUCCAAUAACAACAACAACAACGCCAUGACGAGUAGUCGUGUCGUCGUCGUAGCCAUAUCCGAACCAUCUCCUUCCAGUCAUAAUGCUGUGAAUGGCUCUCUCUCAUCAUCAACAACAACAUCUGCUGUGAGUAUUCCACCAACCAAUAAUAACCAUAGUAGUAAUGGUAGUAGUAAUGGUAGUAGUAAUGGUAGUAGUAAUGGUAGUAGUAAUGGUGAUAGGAUGAAUGAUCCCUCUAUUACAGCAAAUGGUAUGCAAGUAGUAGUAGUACUCAAUUCUUCUAAAACAAAUCCUCCAUCGUCAUCAUUGAAUAGCCAAAAUUCCGCUUCUUAUUCCCAUCAUUCACAACAACAGAAAAAGAAUGUAUGGAAUGGAAAGACCAUGAACAAUUCUUCUUCUACUCCUUUACAACACUCUCAACCACACACUCGCAACCAAUUUGUUUCUCAUCAUGUUCAAGCCACCAUGAAUAAUACACAAUCGUUUUAUGCUGAAAAACAUGUGUCGAUGACAACCACGACCACAACCACCACUCGUCCUUCCAACAAUAGUAAUCACCAUAAUAAUCACAACAACCAUGGAGGUUCUACUUGCAUUCCGAAUGGAGGACAGAAUGCUACUAGUACUAGUGUGAAUCUCUCUUUCAAUAGUACUUGCAGUCAUAGAAAUUCUAAAGCUCCAACCAAUCAUUUCACUAAAAAACGACAACAUGUGAUCCAUUCUCAUUCCGACCAUUCUGGAAAGAAAGUCUAUAGUGAUCAAUCAUCAAUCAGAAAGAAUCGAAUGAAUUCAAAAUCCAAUGUCUAUGAUUUGUUGUUGAUAUGUAAAUCUAGAACUAUUUAUAAUGACCAAUCCUUUGUCACACAUCCUGAAACAAAUAUUUAUAACUUUUUUAAGAGUUGCACUCCAUUCUUUCAUUUGAACAAGGAUGAGUCAUGCAAGAGUUAUAAAUUGAAAGAAUUAUGGAAUUUCUAUGAUGAACCAUAUGGAAUGGAAGUUUCCAUUCGAUUACCUCAUUCAAAAGAGAAUGUUUAUUUUGUUCCUCAUUUGAGUGCAAUUAAAUUAGUGCAAAAAUCAAAGAAGAAUCAAGAGGAUGAUUUGAAAACUCUCCCUACGAGUUUGAAUGCCACUGCCACUCCUUCCAUUCCUCCUCCAACUGCUAUUCCUAAUACCACCACCAGUACUACUACUAGUCCUACUACGAGUACCAUGGUGUCUUGUAGUCACUCGGAUGACCACCACCACCUCAUGACUCCAUCUACUAGUACUAUCACCACAUCUACUCAUAGUACUCCACAUCACUCAAACAAUGGACCAAAAACAUCACCAAGUGAUGAAGCAGCAGAUGAAGAAGAAGAAAAAAUUAUUUUCGAAUUUUAUGAAACUGUUUCUCCUGACUUGAGAUAUCCACUGAUUGACAGAAUUGAAGAAUUGUCAAAAGAUAAUUCAAUUUUAAUGGAAGGUACUACGGAUGAUUUUAAUCUUGAUAAGAGUUGGUUUUCUAUUGCGUGGUAUCCAAUUCUUUGUCAUAACAAUACAAUCAAUUGGCUUAAAGGGCAAAUAAUAACCUAUCACAAGUUUGAACCAUCUCGAUUCGUUAUUGACACACCAAUACUUUCAUCAUCCCAUUCGAAAAAUGAAUUUGAUGAAUUAAUUGUUGAGAAGAGAAAACUAUCGAAUCAACAACCUGAUUUGUGUUACUAUGCACCAAUUAUUGGAUUCCUGCCGUACAAACUUAAAAGUGAAACAUGGUUUUAUGAUUUUGUAAAUAGCAAUGGAAACAACAAGAGAGGUAAUCACAUGCAACUCGUGGCGCCCUUGUACUUGUUACAGACCUGUCAUCGAUUGCAACGAUUUUCACAGGGCUCACCACAUCCUGAUUACAUACAUUGCCUAAAGAAUUGUCCCGAGCUUGGUUUGAUACCAUUAUUUGACGCUCAUUUGCAACCACAGGCAAAACAAUCCAACAAGGAGGACGAUAGUGCCCAACAACUUCAAUGA